AUAUUUUACAAUCUGUAUGGUAUUUGUAUAUAUUUUUUUCCACAAACCAAUCAACGUGACAUAUUUUACCACUUGAGGGCGGUAAUAUGUUGGUAUUAUGUUCUCGCAACCCACCGAAAAAGAAACGGGUAACUGUUAUUAGCAGUGAGCUAAUUUGUAAGAUAUGCGUUGUAGCUUUGACUAGUGGUACGGGGAAGAGCCCGUCCACAUAAUCUAUAAUGUGUAGGCGCCGGUUUAUGACGCAGACAUUGCGGAAAUAUGAUCACAGAAGUAGCAGUAAAGUCAACUUGUGUGGUGACAUGUGUAUUUAAUUGUUGUGUCGUUGAAACGUGAAAAUCUACCCGACCGUUUUCUGCUUGUGACCGUAUAUUGAUGUGGGCGUCAGCUUUAAAAGCUCGCUCUCUGUGUUUCCCGCUGUUGUGAGCAUGGCUUCACAGAGCCGGCUGGCUUUGCAGAGGUUGUUGGGUCCGCUGUUGCUCAGCAGGAUCGGAGCUGUCAGUGGCCGCUACCACAACUCCAUACACCGCUGCGGUCAGUGGAGCCACGGAGGAGCUGCAGUGAGACAACUGAGCUGCUCAUUCUCACUGUGCAAGCCUGACACAGCCUCAGUCGGUCCCAGUAGCUGGUCAUUCAGGAGUCACACGUGUGGAGAGCUGAGAGCAGAUCAUGUGGGAGAUACAGUGACACUGUGUGGCUGGGUUCAGUACCUCAGACAUGACCUGUUUGUCAUCAUGAGAGAUUACAGUGGCCUGACACAAAUUGUAAUCCCACAAGAAGAGACUGCCAACCAUUUGAAAGCAGUGCAGUGUAAUCUCACAACUGAGUCUGUCAUCAAAGUCACAGGGACAGUCAGAAGACGUCCACCAGGACAAAACAACAAGAUGAUGCCGACAGGAGAAAUAGAGGUCCUGGCUGAGAACGUGGAGGUUUUAAAUGUGUGCCGCAAGUUACCUUUUGAAAUGAAAGACUUUGUCAAAAAGUCGGAAACUUUGCGGAUGCAGUAUCGCUACCUGGACCUGAGGUCCUCUCAGAUGCAGGGAAACCUCAGACUAAGAUCUCAGCUGGUGAUGAAGAUGAGGGAGUACCUAACCAACAUACAUGGUUUUGUUGAUGUGGAAACUCCCACCUUGUUUAAAAGAACACCCGGGGGAGCUAAAGAGUUUUUGGUUCCUUCCAGAGAGCCGGGCCGGUUCUUUUCUCUGCCCCAGAGUCCGCAGCAGUUCAAACAGCUGCUGAUGGUCGCUGGUAUAGACAGGUAUUUCCAGAUGGCUCGAUGCUAUAGAGAUGAAGGCUCCAAACCAGACCGACAGCCUGAAUUCACACAGGUGGACAUUGAGAUGUCUUUUGUGGACCAGGCAGGUAUCAUGUCCCUGGUGGAGGGAAUGUUAAAACACUCCUGGCCCACAGAGAAAGGUCCACUUGAGAUUCCCUUUCAGACCAUGACGUAUGAAGAAGCCAUGAGGGACUAUGGUGUCGACAAACCUGAUACUAGGUUUGAUAUGAAAUUAAUUGACCUCAGAGAGGUUUUCUCAUCCACUAAAGUUGAGUUUCUGAGAUCAGCCCUCAGUUGUCCACAAGGCUGCGUUCAGGCCAUUUGUGUCCCUGAAGGAGCGGAAUUUUUCUCAGGGAAAGACAUGGAAGGACUGAAACAAAUGGCCAAGACUCAGUUUGGUCAGGAUCUCAGUCUAGUCCUGGUCAGAGGAGAUGGGACGUUGAAGUCUCCUCUUAAAAAUCAUCUGUCUCUCACUGAAACAGAAGAGCUGCUAAAAAGAGUCGCAGCCAAACCCGGAGACCUGCUACUAAUGGCUGCUGCUCCACUCAGUACUGUGCGCCCACUACUGGGCAAUCUCCGCUUGAGGUGUGCAGAGCUUCUAGAAUCUCGUGGCGCCUCACCUCGAGACCUUUCUGCAUUUCAUUUCUUGUGGGUUGUAGACUUCCCUCUCUUCUUGCCCAAAGAGGGUGAGCCGGAGCAGCUGGAAUCAGCUCACCAUCCAUUCACUGCUCCACUGCCUGAGCAUGCACAGCUCCUCUACACGGAGCCACACAAGGUACACGGCCAGCACUACGACCUGGUGCUGAAUGGCUGUGAGAUUGGUGGGGGUUCUAUCCGUAUCCACCAGUCGUCACAGCAGCUGUACGUCCUGAAGAAUAUCCUGAAGGAGGAUCCCAGUCUCCUCUCUCACCUACUGGAAGCACUUGACUCUGGAGCGCCACCACAUGGAGGCAUUGCUCUUGGCUUGGACCGACUAGUUUCCAUCAUGGUUGGGUCACCCAGCAUCCGUGAUGUCAUUGCUUUCCCAAAGUCUUACCGAGGUCAUGACCUUAUGAGUGGAGCCCCUGACUUGGUCUCUGAGAAAGAGCUGAAGACUUACCACAUUUCUAUCACAUGGCCAGUGGAGCGGGAGGGAGGGACUGAGGAGAGUAAAUAAAAACACUGGAUGUCACAGGAAGGGCAGAUCUCCGCCUACCAAGAAAGAAAGAAUAAAUGCACUGACUUCACAGAUUGCAGCUAAACCACAGGAGCAAAAACGCAGCCGGAGAAACACAUCAGACCAGUGGUUUGUCUAAAAUGAGUAUAUUCAACAGAAAUAUCAGUAAUAUUACAACAUAAUUAAAAUAAUGUGUACUAUCACAUUAAAGAUGUUAAUCAAUGUCUUGACUGAAAUUACUGUUGUGUUUGCAUUAACUUGUCUUUAUAAUAGGCUUGUGAAAAGAGUUGUAAUCUAAAUGCAUUUGUAUAGUACAUGAUGACUUUAUAAUAUAUGUGAAUAUGGCUUUUUGUAUUGGUUUUCAUAUAAAUAAAAACUUUAAAUGUGA